UCACCGUUGUGUCGUGGUGUCGUCGCAGCUCGCAAUGAUAAGUGUUAUCAGAUUUCGGAGAACUUGUUUUAUUUUAUAGCCGGCCACGAUUUGUAUAAUCUAAAUAGCAUGAGAUUUACUUACAAUCAGCGAUACACUGUUGUGUUCAAAAGUUAAUAGUGCGCGCGUUUAAUGCCCUGUAUUCCGAUGUAUUGUGAUUUGUGUACGUGAUGGACUCUUCGGGUCACGAUUGGAAGAAGUCUUUGGGGUUUCCCAUUAACUACUCCAGUCACAGCUCGGACGAAGAUUUAGACGCUAGUGACGUCGUCAUGCGUCACCCACGGGCAUCCUCUCAGCUGCUGGCUGACGAUGGAGAUGGUGCCGAAGCGGACCUCCUGGGCACCACCCCGCCGAGAGCCAGGAUCAGGGACAACGUGAGACGGGGCAACAUCAUGAACAAUCAGAGUCCCGGCAUUCAGAAUUACAUCAAGGGGUCAAGGAAGAGUACGGAUGAGAUGAGUGCCGAGCAAGCUGCCAUCGUUGAACGCCUGAAGAAGAGCAGAAACCUGAAGCUAGGUAGAACCAGGGCGAGGGACCAUAAGUUGGAUCUGGGACAAAGAGAUAGCAAAGCGGACUCCUUGCCGUCUCCGGGCGUGCAGCCGGCUGUGCCCACCCUGGUGGAGUCAUGCAGCCGGUUCAUGUCGCUCACUUCGAAGCUGAAGUGUCGCGAGGAAUGCCAAGAGGAGGAGGUGGAGCAGAGGGCUCAUGGAGGAGACGAACCGCCGGAGAAUAGGGUGGAUUUUCAUAAGACGUUCUGUCUCCUGAUCAAUAUGGGGAAUAUGGAGAAGGGAUGCCGACGGACGAUAAGCCGCGAGGAGCAAGUAUGGCAGAACGAGUUGAAGGACCUCAUAUGGUUGGAGCUCCAAGCCAAGAUAACUGGGCGGACGCUGGCUGAGCAGGAUGAGUUUCUGUGCACCCAGAGGAAUAUUGUGCCCACCCUGGUCAGGAAUAUCGUGGAUUACCGGUUUGUUAAUUCCAAUCCUUGCAAAUCAAGAUCCAAGCGUUUGUGUACAUCCGACGGCUCCAAAGAGGAUCUCACUAAUGGGAAAGAUGACAAAGAUUUCAAUGAUGACGAAGCGUUCGGCUGCCUGUCGUUCAAUUGCGAGCCGUGCACGGCGGCGGUCGGCAAGGCGAUGAAGGAAGUGAGCACGUUGCUGGACUCGUACAACAACGCCGGCUCGCUGUACCAGUCGGGCCGCGCCAUGAUGGCCGACCACCCGCUGGUCGCCACGCAGCUGUUCAAGAACAGGAUCAAGGCUAUGUGUCUCUGGUACAACGUGGCCCGACACAUGCGUAUGGUGGUGCUGACAGUGCGCCGUAUGCUCCACGGUAUAAGGCUCAAAUUGCAACGACAGGGGCUGCAUACUCGGGCCUCUAUAGACUCGGACACAAGCAGAAGAUCAUCAGAAAGCCAUCGUCGCUGUCAAGUGAGAUUCAACAUCAAUGGUAACCCAACGGACUCUAGUAACAGCGACUCUAGUUCAAACUCCCACUCUGACGUCAUCAAAGAAGAGGACGAGAAAGAGAUGGAGGGAGAACAGAAAGAGACAGAACGUGAAGAGAAACCGGACAAGGGAUACGACGAAGUGGACUGUAGCAUCAAUAAUGAACCGAGCGGUCAAACUACACCCGAGAUAGUAAUAUCGGACAACCACUAUGGUACCAGCGAUACAACGUCAUCAAAUGAGAGUGGUUACUCGUCCAGUUAUCACGACAUUGAGCUGGAAGACGUUUUCGAUAUGGGCGGGUUUUCAGAGCUGACUAAACUACGGUUGCUGAACAAGUGCGCCGUAUCGCCUUACAGGGAUUACCACUGUGAGAUGCUGAAAACACAGGGUGUGCGUCGUUGUAUGACGUUCAUCAAUAAAAUACGAAAACACGUGCUGUAUAAAGUGCACCUCACUCUACAACCGCCUGACUCCCCGAGUAAUGAACCUACUACCGCUGACGCGGCCACGGAAGUGUUCGACGAUGCUAAGGAGGAUGAUGAAAACGAUUAUAAACAGCUGAUGCAUGAUGAAUUGAGAAGAUACGGGUGCUGGUCUGAGGAGUGUCUCGCCAUGCGGCUGCCGUCGUACCGCAGCCACUUCCUGCUGCUGAGCAGCAUCUGCAUGGAGGCCGUGCACGACUACCUCACGCUGCGGCUCGAGGGCCGGCCCGAGAGGGCUUCCUGCCUCACCGUCAAACAGCUCAUCCACGAGCUGAAAGAGGGUCUGGACAUCGCCACGGAAGUGCGUGCGGACUUCGUGCGCCACGUGGAGGUGGCGCUGGCGUCGCCCGAGGGCCGUACCGGGCUGACUGACAGCGCCGCCAGGGGAGACCUGCGGACUUUGGUCAGAACUUACGACGACACCGUCGAGAAUGUUCUCAAUCAAUACCUGUCGUACCUGAUGACGAUGUCGGAGACGGAGCAGAUGCCCCGCGCCUGCCUCCAGGCCGAGUGGCAGUUCACCGCGCGGCUGGCGCGCCGGGUCCGGUGUGCGGAGCUGAGGGCGCCCGAGGCCUUCACUAAAAUAGCGUGCAACCAGUUAAACCGAGUGGUGCAGCAGUUCAAGAACAAGUUCAGGAAUUUGAAACAGCUGGUCGAGGAGUUUGAGAACGAGACUGAGUUUAGCAGAGAAUCAGUAUACACGAUGUGUCGCGAAACCCAAGCGUUGUACGCGAGCGAACGCGAAGCAAUGCUGCAAGCCGUGCAGUGGGCGCGCGUGCUGUCCGCUAGACUAGCGCGCGCCCCCGCCCCCGCCUGCCAUCAGCUGCGGCAGCAGAUCUUUGACAAACUGAUGAAAAUCCGGGAGUUCAUAGUGGAGCACACUGACAUGGUUCUGGAGAAGAGUCGGUUGCCUGACGAUGACUUGAGGGGGGAUUACAAUGACGGGCUCAUCGCGAGGGUCAGGGAGCUUCUGCUGCAGAUGUUCAAGCUGGGUUUCGAGAUCCACAAGGAACUCCAUCGGCUUGCGUUGCACCCGGCUUCAAGGUCGUUCGCAAACUCCCGCCGUUCCCUGCUCAACUCCCCGCCGCGGUGUUUCAGCCGCAAGUUCUUGAGGCAGGAGAGCAUGGCCGAUGAUGAUGGAACAGCGCUCGAUGAUAAACUGUUCGAGUCUACGGAUCCACACACGCAAAACAGCAUAGAACUCCUUCUAACGGGAGAAUCUCCCCCCGCCGAGGUGGAGCUCCGCCCCCCGACUCCCCCCAGCGGAAGUUCCCAGUGGGCCGCCACAGUGGCACGGGCGGUCAUACAGUUCGCCAGGAGAUGGAUGACCUUUGUGGUGGAACGGUGUGACACUGGCCGUGGAUUGAGACCCAGAUGGGCGAGUCAAGGCUUAGAGUUCUUAAUGUUGGCUUGCGAUCCCUACAACACCAAGCAUUUGAGCGAGGAGGAGUUUAAGGAGUUGGAGGCGCAGAUGGACGGCUGCAUAUCGCACGUGGUGGGGUCCCGCCGCGCGCCGCCCCGCGCCGAGCGCGCGCCGCCCUCCCCGCGAGCUCCCCGCAACGCCAAGACGCAGCACUGUUCUUUAGCGGGCAAUUCAGGAGUGCCCGCUCCCCCCACCCCGCCCACGGAGCCUGACCCCUUCCUCAGCUUCAAAGGAGUGGAGUUCACUAGUCACAGCAAACGCGUAAUGGAGGCGAUAGAGAAAGUGGAGAGGGCCCGAGAAGAGGCGCUCAUUGAACGGAAGGUGGUCGGCCAUGUUCUGAGCGCGCCCGUGGAUAGCUACGAACCUAAGUUACGGCAGCUGUCCUUCAAAUGGCAGAGGGGGUUGAAAAUAGGCGCUGGUACUUUCGGGAAGGUGUACACAAUAGUGAACACGGAGAGCGGUCAACUUCUGGCAAUGAAAGAGCUAUCGGUGGGCGCCGGCGACCGGCGGGCGCUGCAGCGGGCCGCCAACGAGCUGCGGGUGCUGGAGGGCAUCGUGCACCCCCACCUCGUGCGGUACUACGGCUGCGAGCUGCACAGGGAAGAGAUGCUGAUAUUUAUGGAGUUGUGCGUCGAGGGUUCGCUUGAGACCUUCGUGGCAGCAUCAGGCGCCUUGCCAGAGCAUACAGUGAGGAGGUACACCAAGCAGCUGCUGAGUGCCGUCACAGCACUGCAUGUCAGGUCCAUUGCCCACCGGGAUAUUAAGAGCGGCAACAUAUUCCUCACGAACGAGGGUCACUGCCUGAAGCUGGGUGACUUCGGAUGCGCCGUCAAGAUCCGCGCCAACACCACCGCCCCUGGGGAGCUCCAGGGCUUCGUCGGCACUCAAGCGUACAUGGCGCCAGAAGUGUUCAUGAAGUCCUCAGGUCACGGGCGCGCCGCUGACAUAUGGUCCCUGGGUUGUGUGGUAACAGAAAUGGCUUCGGGGAAGCGGCCGUUCUCGGAAUACGACAGCAACUACCAAAUAAUGUUCGUUGUCGGCAUGGGUGGCCGUCCGGACAUACCUUCAACCCUAUCGGAAGAGGGCCAGGAAUUCUGUCGCGAAUGCCUGACGCACGAUGCUGAACAAAGACCCAGGGCGCAACAGCUGAGCAUGCAUCACUUUCUGAUGCUAAAAUCCGAUGAAGACUGCAAAUGUGAGCCGGCCUAUCUCAUUUAAUCUGUAGUUUAUAAGUAAAUAGUUAUAUUUUGUAUCGUUUAUGUAUAUUUUGUACUGUUUAGUCAAAGACUAUAGACAAAUUAGAUGAGUAACUAUAGAAAUACUUAGAACUUAUUUACCUUCGUCCGUAGACAUUUCAGAGUGCAAAAGAAUGAAUUUUCGGCGAAAAUUCCUUAAAUAAAUCUAGGAUGAUUGAAGUAUACCAAAAUAACGAAAUUUUUGUCAAACAUU